AUGCCUCGAAAGCACAUCCCCAACUUCCCAUCUGUACACGCCGAGGGCUCGGUCCGGAGAAUUCUCAACCGCAAGGAGAGGGUUUUGGUGGAGCGCUGGACGUCACGCCGAAGGUAUCUAGCCAUUGACCAAGCCUUACCUCAAGUCCUUCCUCAAGCCUUGCUUCGGCCCUUAGACCAAGCCCUACUUCAAGAAGUCAACAAGCCUUCCCCAGAGCCCCGCGCUAAGCCUUCGUUCGACUCCCACUUCAAGACUUCAUCCACUCCACCUCCCAGACUCCAUCGACCCCGACUCCGACGCUUCUCCCAGCUUUUCUUGAAGACCAUCCGCAAGCCCUCCAGGCUCUUCUUCUACACCAGUAAAAGGACCCCACAAGCAUUGCACAGCCGUCCGCACAAAAUGAGCGCCCCAGGAAGGAACCCUCGCUACCUCGCAGGACGUCGGGUCAACGAUGAGCGUGAGGCUCGCAGCACGACGAGAGCAGCGACGCGCGACCCUGCUGGUGGUCGAGUCACUGGUACUAAUUCCCGCGAUACAGCCAAAGCCUCCUCGUCGCGCGCUGGGCCAUUGCCUUCAGAAGCAAGGAUCCUACCCACGGUUGAGGGCACUGACGACGACACCGGCGGCGCGCGUGCGCCCACGCCUGCUUCGGACGUCGAUGUCCCGCAUAACCUUCAGGAGAUCAGCGACGCCAUCCAGCAAGAAGCCGGCCUUUGGGCCAUGGUGCAGGACUUUCCGCCAACAUCAGACUAUGAUUUUGAUGAAACCGGUCCAAGCCUGCGAGGUAGACGGCACCACAAGACACUCUUCCUUGGCGAGGACGCCAGCGCGACGGUCCAGGCGUGGGCGCGCAUCAAGCUCUUCAAUGACAAGCCGGAGGAGGUAGAGUUCUUGGAGUACGAUAUCGCGGCCGGAAGGAUGUCCGUGGUCAAGGACGUCAGCACGCUGCCCCUUGUGUAUCCAUUCCGCGUCUUCGGGGAGAACACGCAGAACACGAAGAAGAAACUCACCGUUCUGAUCCGGUAUAUUUACCGUUGUGCCCGGUAUAUCGACUCGCCCUUCGCGACAGACGCCAUAAAGACGCUGAAGUCGGUCAUCCGAGACGUGUACGCCAACUACCAGGGCCAAGGUGGUGCAGCACGCGUGCCUGAUAUGAUAUCGCCCAGCAUCUUCCCAAGCCGCGUCCAGACUCGCGAGCAGCAAGCUCCUCGUGCCGCAUCGCCCGAGCGAGCAUCCCCGAAUCGCCAGGCUCCCUUCCGGCUCGACCGCGAACUAAGUCGCUUGGUCGUGACCCCGGUACCGGCCCUUAUAAACCGUAACGGUAAGCGGCGAGUGGAGGUUGACGAGGAUGAAGAGCAAUACGAAGUUUGGCUACGGUUGGAGGAGAGGAGGGAACGCGAAGAGAAGAGCUUGCAAAAGCGACAGAAACUACUCGACAAGAUCGACACGGAGGUGGCAACACUGCAGGAUCGACAGAAUGAGAUCCUCCAGAUGGAAGCUGAAUUGCUGAAAGGCAAGGACGCGGUCUGGCUGGCCGAACAGCAACGCAAGUACAAGUCGAGAAAGAGUGGAGCAGAGUAG